GGGGAAGCUUGGCCCUCGCCGGCACCCGUAGUCGUCUGUCUCCCUCCUAGUCCUUCCUCUUCUAGAGGCGCCGAAGCAGCAAGGCCCUGCUGCCUCACGCGCCGGAGAGACUCCGAGGGAGACGCAGAGAGAGAUGGCCGAUUAUUGGAAAUCUCAGCCCAAGAAAUUCUGUGAUUACUGCAAGUGCUGGAUAGCAGACAACAAGCCUAGCAUUGACUUCCAUGAAAGAGGAAAAAAUCAUAAAGAAAAUGUGGCUAAGAAAAUUAGUGAGAUUAAAAAGAAAAGUUUGGAGAAAGCAAAAGAAGAGGAAAAAAUGUCCAAGGAAUUUGCAGCCAUGGAGGAAGCUGCAAUGAAGGCAUAUCAGGAGGAUUUAAAAAGACUUGGUGCUAAGGCAGAACCUGCAGGUCAGAGUUCAACACCCAAAAAGCAGGAAGAGAAAAAAGAAAAGAAAGCAAAGAGGAAAAAAGAGACAACAGAAAUUUCAUCAGAAACAAAUGAAUGGGUGCGAGGCUUUUCUGCGGAAGGCUAUGUAUAUUAUUACAACACAAUAUCAGGAGCAUCACAGUGGGAGAAACCAGAAGGAUUUCAGGACAGCACUCAGGAGUCCCAAACGAUGGCUCUGUGGAUAGAAGGAACAAAUGAAGAUGGUCAUACCUAUUACUAUAAUACUGAAACUGGAGUAUCAACCUGGGAAAAGCCUGAUGGUUUUGUGUCCCAAUCAAACAAGAGCGGUGAAAAUGAACAUCAUUCUGAAGAAAGCUCAGAAAUGGGAUCAAAAAGAGAUAAAUCAGAUAAUACAAAGGAAGGUAACAAAAGUGAACUACAAAAACCAAAACGAAAUUUCCGAAGGAAGACAGAAAGUGAUGAUGAAAUAGAGGAGAAGCCUCGUAAACGUAAAAAAAUUAGCCCUUAUGGUGAAUGGCAGGAAGUGAAACGGGAAAGCAUUGAUCAGGAAGACACAGCACCUUCUCUGCCAAAAACAUCCCUUGCAGCAUCUGAAAUAGCUAAGCCUUAUGGUGAAUGGGAGGAAAUUACAGAAGAGGAAGAUCCAUAUGAAAAAGUAGACUUGGAGCUUCCUGACAUGGAUCAUGACUCGCUGACUGCUCCCAGUCUGGAAAAGGGAGAAGAUGCCAAUCUGAUAUUUAAAGAAAAAACUGUUACUUCUCUUGGUGACACAGAAGAGGGGAUACCUGUUUUCAAAAAGCGAAAAUUUGAAAAUGGAAAAUCUAGAAACAUACGACAGAGACUGAGUGAUCACUAAUAAUUUAACUACAAAGUCUAGAUUUUUUUUUUUUUUUUUGGGGAGGGUUAGAAGAGGAAAAGGGUGAAAUAAGGAAAUAUUUUAAACAUUUUCUUGACAUGAAACGUUUAGGAACAAAGAUUCUUGUUCUUUUUAAAAAGUAUCUUUAGUAUAUACAUUUAGGUAUCUUAUUUUAAGGUGAUUCUAUUUUUGUUUGUUGUAAAGUUUAUUUCAUUUAUGCAGUUAUGUAAAUAUAAUAUUUUUACAGACCGUGCCAUAUGAAUUCAUGUUUCUUGUCUUACAAUCAAUAUGUUCUGUUGUGGCAAUUCUUAAGUGAAAUGGGACUACAGAUAUUUGACUGCUCUUGUUGUGUCUACUCAACGGAUAAACAUCAAUGAAUGCUUAAGUGGGUGGGGUUCGGAAUCAGACUUCAUAGCAGCUGCUUUUCAAGACAGUAGUGUCGGAUGUAUGGUACUGUCUCUCCUCGACUUGAUUCAGAGACGGUGAUAAAAGGUCAUCCUUUCUGUUUUUAAAAAAAUGAAAUUAAUAAAUGUGUAAUCAUGUAGCUCUUAAGUCAUUUUAGAAAUUCUGAAAUCUGGUCUCAGCCACUAUUACUGAACCUUUCUCUAAUUUGUUGUGACAGAAAGUAAUAGGAUACCUGCAGAUCACAAUUUAAAUUUAGGGAUGAUGUAAUUGUGAAGAACAGAAUUUUAGAUCCAUGAUAUAUUGCUUAUACUGUCCUUCCUUCCUUCCUUUCUUUUUGGUGUUAAAUCUUUCUGUUAUCCUCCUGCUGCAUCUUUGUUGUGUGGGAGAGGGAGAAAUACCUGUGUGUUCCUUUGAUUCAGUUCUUUAUCUUGGAAGCUUUAGAAGAGAAGAAAAAAUAUGUUAUGUAUUAGCGAUGUUGCAUACAAAUAUAGAUCAAUCUCUUGCUUUACCAAGGUUUUCUUAGUAGGACUUGGACAUGGCAUUUGUUGUGCCAUUCUCCCUCAUCUAUGCAGGAAGAGAAUUCUGCAUGUACUUUGCAUGUACUUUUUUGGAGCAGAGAGAGCACGCGCCUGAAUUCUCUGAUACUUGCACAUCGUGUAAAUGUCCAUUUGCCACAAUUUCUUCUGUUGCUAGUUCCAGAGGUGGCAGAAUGCUCUGCAGAAACUUCUGAGACUCACUAAGCAUGGGCUACUCCUGCCUUCCUUGCCUAGAAACACUGUUUUUCCCCACUGUGUACAGCUAGUAGCAGAAGCCAAGGGAGUCAGUUCUUGCAAGAAACAUGAAAGAACAGAAAACAUAAUUUAGUACAAUUUCUACCAAGGUGCUCAGAAGAGCAAACAAGUGCCAAAUUAAGAGCCACUUCUGUUUUGUUUGUUGUGUUAUGCAGAAAUUUUCAUCAGAGAACAGGGCAUAUAUGCUUCUUUGCAGCCUAUCUUUCCCCAAGUCCAAAAUCUUCUCCAGAACCAUUCCAUGGUUUUUGAGUCAAGCAUCCCAUUGAUUCUAUUCUUCUUCUUGCUGUUUUUCAUGUGUCUACUUAUUUAGGUUGUCCCUUUCUUUCCAGCACUUGCUUACAAGAUCAGCAAUCCAUCUCGGAUGUGUACAUUAUUCAGACUACAGAGCUGACAAAUCUAAAAGCCAGCGUGAUGAGAAUUAUUACAGACUUUUCAACUGUUUUUGUUAAUAAGAUUCACUGACAGUUCACAGAAGAAUGAAACAGACCACCUUGUCUGAUAAAAAGUAAAUGGAUUAUCAAAAGAAUAAACCAUAUUUGAUGGUCUGGAUUGAUUUCUUCAGAUCUUGAAAACAAAACUACUAGCAAGUAAAUAUUCAAAAUACUGUGGAAUAUGUCUUGAAAAAUAUACUGCUGUUAUUUCUAGUGGGGAAAUAUCCUAUACUACCAUACUGACAGCUUUCCUACAAAAAAGCAAAGGUGUUGGUGGUGCUGAAACAGAAUGCCAAACAAAGCCCAAGAAGAUGCUGUCAUUAACCUCAAAUCAAUGCAAGAACUGGGCAAACAAUUGGGCUUUGAAUGGACCAUGGUCGCCUAUGAGCUGGGAUUCAGUCGUGCAGAGAUAAGCCAGUUUUGCACAGCUACCACUGAGAAGAAAGGUCAAGCCCAGAAAAUGCUGGUGUACUGGUAUGAAAAAUCAAGGAGUAAGAUCAACAAGACAAAAGUACUUCAAGAUGCUCUGGAAAGGUCAGGAAGGAAAGACCUGGCUGAUAAACUUCGAUGUCUUCACUGGGGACAUCAAAAGCUGAGCAAUAGGGUGGAGCUGCCUUCUGCUUUUCCCUUUCUCAUUACUGUUUAUAAAACAAUUAACAACCAAGAAGGGCUUAAGAAAAUUAACCAACUGGGUUACAAAUCAUAGAAUCAUAUAUACCUAGAAGCUGUAGUGAAACUGUGAGUAUGUCUGAAGUUCACAUAUAUUGACUUAAAACUUGUGUUAUACUGCUACCUUGUUUAAGGCACUUACACCUGGUUUUAGUUUUGACUCAGUUGUUUGACCAGUUGUGAACAUUUUAGUAUUUUAAUAUGCAAAUCCAAAUCUGGUACGAUGUCUCACUUAAGACACAGAUACAUAAUUUACUGUAGAUUAGGAUUUUAAUUAUAUAUUAUUGAUGAAGGGAGUGUUUUGUAUUUUGAUCAUUAAACAAUAUAACCACACCAGAAAAGACCUAAAAGCAGAAAAUUAUUAUUUAAAAUUAUCUAAAAUCUUUUCAGAAAUUAAAGGAACUGUUUACAAUCAGAACCACUUUUAAAACAUCCAGAUCCCCGUACCUUCUUUAUUGUAGACAUGGAUGCCUCUAAUGUGGCCAUUGGGGCAAUUCUUUUCUAUGAUGCCAGAGGCUCACCUUUUUCCCUGUGCCUACUACUCAAGAAAACUGACAUCAACUGAGCAGAACUACAUUUUGGAGAAAGAUCUCCUGACAAUCUAGUCUGCAUUUGAACUGUGGAAACAAGUCAUUGAGAUAGCUGCCUAUAAACUUCCUGGCAGCUCCCUGGUGUAUUUGUUGUUUGCAACUGUCUUACCUAAAUGACUGGCAAUACUCUUUGGUAUUCAUGUUUUCUUGACCUUGGACUGGCUAUGAUUGACUGUUUACUCCUUGCUGACUUCUUUGACAUGUUGUAACGAUUUCUGGACUGGCUGAUGACCACCCUCUUGCUUCUGCCUUCAUCUUGUUUAGAUAACCUAUCCUGGAAAGAAGUAACUACCUGACAGUUCUUGUAUUCUAACCACCUGCUUCCUGGCCAAUUGCAGCAUAGGACAAAAAUAUACAUGGAAAUUGUUUUGGAAAUGAGUUUUGAACAUCAAUAUUUGAUUUGUGAAAGAAAUUCUAUGACCAACAGGCACCUCUUCCAUGAUGCACAAUUGUAUAUAUUUUCCUCCUUUUUAAAACUGUUUUGUAACACACAAGCUAAAACUAACUAUCCCCUAGUAAUUGUGUUCUACUGCAUUAAGAGCCAAGUAAAUUUCCCCAGGGGCUGACUAUUGCUUCUAUUUUGCCCUCUGUGUUUGGUCAGCCAUGGAGACUGAACCAAAACAAGACUGAACCAUGAAGUUCUAUCUGAACGCCUUUGUAUAUAUUUCUGUUUGCAUCACAGCUGGCUAGUCUUAAACAGUGAAAAAGAAAAACCAUAUUAAACGAUAGUGUAUUCAAUGAUGAAACAAGCAUUUCCAUUUAAUUUUAUAAAUAAAUUAAGAACAGAUCUUUUUGUUUCA